AUUCUGGGCUGGGAGCUGAGGAGGAGAGCGCGGGGAGGGAAGGGUCUUAACGGGGUGACUUCGGGGCUGCUGGCUGGUGGAGUCCCGACCGGAGGGGCUGCGGCGCGGUGGGAAGAACCUGCCUCCAGGGCAGAGUGUCUGGUUUCGCUCAUGACUUCAGGCCCAGAGAGCGCCGGGAAAGACAGCGUGGAGGGCUCUGUGGAGAGAGCUGUAUGGAGCCACCUGUGCUCCUUACCCGCCCAUUGCCAGCAGGAUGGAGCCCUUUCACCAGCCCCACCCCAGCCUGGCGGGAGCAUCCUUUGGGGGUGCAAAUAGCUAUGGACAACUUGGCCUUGGCCACAAAGAAGACGUACUUUUGCCCCAGCAACUGAGUGACUUUUGUAAACCUGGAUGUGUCAAGAGGAUCACGGGAGGUGGGGGCCACUCUGCUAUUGUUACAGAUGAAGGGGACCUUUUUGUUUGUGGCCUGAACAAAGAUGGGCAACUGGGGCUCGGUCACACAGAGGAUGUCCUGUAUUUUACCCCCUGCAAAUCCCUCCUUGGCUGUCCCGUCCAACAGGUGGCCUGUGGCUGGGAUUUUACCAUUAUACUUACAGAAAAUGGUCAAGUUCUGUCAUGUGGAUCCAACUCCUUUGGCCAAUUAGGAGUUUCUCACGGGCCUCGGAGGUGUGUGUUUCCCCAGGCCGUUGAGCUCCUGAGAGAGACGGUUGUUAGUAUUGCUGCUGGACUGAGGCAUGCGUUAGCUGCAACAGCUAGUGGCCUUGUGUACCAGUGGGGAACUGGUUUGGCAUCGUCUGGACGGCGGUUGUGCCCUGGGCAGACUCUCCCGCUGUUUUUGACAGCAAAGGAACCGAACAGAGUGACAGGCCUAGAGAAUUCUCAAGCAAUAUGUGUUCUUGCUGGCUCAGAUCACUCAGCUUCACUGACAGAUGCAGGAGAGCUGUAUGUUUGGGGAAGCAACAAGCAUGGGCAACUGGCUUCCCAGGCUGCUUUCCUCCCUGUGCCCCAGAAAAUAGAAGCACAUUGUUUUCAGAAUGAAAAGGUCACUGCUGUCUGGAGUGGGUGGACACACCUGGUUGCUCAGACAGAAACUGGCAAGGUGUUUACCUGGGGCCGAGCAGACUAUGGUCAACUAGGGAGGACAUUGGAGUCUCAUGAAGGCUGGAAACCGGAGAAGCAGGAUUCAUCCCUCCCUUGCUCCAGGCCCUCGAAGAGCACGCCUUCGCCUCUGCAUUGCUUAACGGGAGCAACUGAGGUCUCUUGUGGGUCAGAGCAUAAUCUGGCAGUAAUGGGAAGAUUCCACCAGCAGCCUGGCAUGGCACUGCCAGGGCAGCUCAUUGGGGAUAAAGCAUCCCAAACCUUGGUCUGCCGUUACCAUGGCAACAUGGCAUUUCCAGACUCUCCAGGCAACCUUACUGGCAUCUGUUGCUGUGAAAGAUUCAGAUGGAGAAGUGCCACUGCUCUUUCUCCAUUGGAGACAGAGCAAACUGUGAAGACAGGGAGCCAUGUACCAAGGACCAGGAUCUUAAAGGUGGGGUGUGUCACUCUUGGGGCUGGAACGAGCACGGCAUGUGCGGGGACGGCACCGAAGCCAAUGUCUGGGCCCCGCAGCCCGUGCAGGCUCUGCGAUCAUUGUCCGGAGUCCGCGUGGGCUGUGGGGCUGGCCACUCCCUGGCCCUCUGCCAGCCGCCAGCCCUCCCUGUCCUGGGCCAGCGCCCCAUGGUCACUGAUCCUUCCCUGGAUGCCACCAAGGAAGCCAGUUCUCAAGAAGCCAUGGACAAAGAGAGAAACCAGAAGGAAAGACACCCAGAAACUUCUGCUCAAAGCCAAUCUAACAGGUUCAGAAAUGGGGGGCUUGUGACAGAGACCCUUUAAUAAAGCGCCUUUACCUGCC